GGGGAGCACAAGGUAGUUCCCUGCGUAGUAGUUUUCAGUGUCUCGGAGAAAAUGGCGGAAAGCGAGCUCAACGUUGACAGCAUCAUCUCCCGAUUGCUUGAAGUGCGAGGAUGUCGUCCGGGGAAGAUAGUCCAGAUGACAGAGGCAGAGGUGCGGGGGCUGUGCAUCAAGUCCCGAGAGAUCUUCCUCAGCCAGCCCAUUCUACUGGAGCUGGAGGCUCCGCUCAAAAUCUGUGGAGAUAUCCAUGGCCAGUACACAGACCUGCUGCGGCUCUUUGAGUACGGGGGGUUCCCUCCCGAGGCCAACUACCUGUUCCUGGGAGACUAUGUUGACCGAGGCAAGCAGUCCCUGGAGACCAUCUGUCUUCUGUUGGCCUACAAGAUCAAAUACCCAGAGAACUUCUUCCUGCUCAGAGGCAACCAUGAGUGUGCCUCCAUCAACCGCAUCUAUGGCUUCUAUGAUGAGUGCAAACGCAGAUUCAACAUAAAACUGUGGAAGACCUUCACAGAUUGCUUCAACUGUCUGCCCAUUGCUGCUAUAAUUGACGAAAAAAUAUUUUGCUGCCAUGGAGGCCUCUCUCCAGAUCUGCAGUCCAUGGAGCAAAUACGACGCAUCAUGAGACCCACUGAUGUCCCUGACACAGGACUGCUGUGUGACCUGCUGUGGUCGGAUCCAGAUAAAGAUGUGCAGGGAUGGGGGGAAAACGACCGGGGCGUCUCUUUCACCUUUGGUGCUGAUGUGGUCAGCAAGUUCCUCAACCGCCACGACCUGGACCUCAUCUGCAGAGCACACCAGGUUGUUGAGGACGGCUAUGAGUUCUUUGCCAAACGGCAGCUGGUGACUCUGUUCUCGGCUCCCAACUACUGCGGGGAGUUUGAUAACGCUGGAGGCAUGAUGAGUGUCGACGAGUCCCUCAUGUGUUCCUUUCAGAUUUUGAAGCCGUCAGAGAAAAAAGCAAAGUACCAGUAUGGGGGGGUGAACUCAGGACGCCCGGUCACCCCGCCUCGUACUGCCCAAGCCCCCAAGAAGAGGUGAGCGCCUGGCCUCUGUCAUGCCUCCUCGCACCCCAUUCUUCUGCUGCCCUCUGCAAAGUCCAGUCCCCUCCCUCCCAUAUAUGGGAAGCACUCUAGCCCCUCCUGACCCCCACUCACCUCUUUCAUACAUGUGUAAAACAUAAAAUGUUUGCUGUGAACAAUGUUUUUUUUUUUUGCUUGUUUGUUGGUAUUUUUAUUAAUAUAAGUGACUUGUGGUUUUUCAAUGAUAUGAAAUGUGUUGCUAAGGUGCAGCAAUACGAUACAAACCUUUAGUGGAAAGGGGCAACGCAUUUUGAAACAGAUGCUUUUCUGCCUUCAGAUAUAGAACAAGUAUUGCAUCUUAUUUGAGUGUGUGUACAUGUGCGACUGAGUGAUUGAUUGUGGUGAGUUCUUCACCCUAUCCAACAACUUUUCUAGACCAGUAACGUGGGACAGACCCCCUCCAGCACCUCAACUCACAUUUUCCCUGCUAAUGCGUAACCUCACAUGAACCAAUAACAUGGCCCUUGUCCUCCCACGUUUUGGCUAUAGUAAUGGUUGAGCCAGCCUCCAAGUAAAUUUGAGAGAGCGGUCAUUUUCACCCCGUUAGACUUGAGAAUGUUUUCUCUUUACGGAGACACUAAAGAAGUUAAAACAAGCAUUCCUUUCAAAGUACAAAUGCGUAAUGAUCAGAGUUCAAAGUAACGGUAUAUACAUGGCGCCAGGGCUUAUAUUGUAUACACAUUCUUUACACAUUAACUGUGUAUACAUAUUAACAGAGAAGUACUAGUACAGUUAAGGUCAUGAGGGUCCUAACUCAAGUGGCUCACAGCAAUGCUCACUAUUUUGAAUGAAGCUUGUCCACCACACCAGCCUCUCUUAUCUAACCUACCUGCUUCCAUUGCUGAAGACUGUUUGUUAUGGACAUUGCUUUCUUUGUGUGCCUAUGAGAAUGUUUAGGUGGUGGCUUGGGAAGUUAAGGCAAGAGUCAAAGGCACCCAAUUUCAAUUGGUAUUCGGUAGUCUUUUUCUGUUUGCCCCCAUUAGAUGAUUACACUUUGUAUUAGGAUAUGUUUUCCAGCAUUUUCCCUGCUUUUCUUGUAAACAUGACGCGGAGGCCCAGUCCUAAACGGACCCCUAAACCUUGUGGAAAUCUGAGACAAUUUGACUGUUAGUUAUUUACACCUAUCCUGUUAGAUGGCAAGCUAGACCUAUAAGCAGAUUGCCUACACGUUUCAAAUGAUCAGAUCUCUACAAUUGGGUAGGGCGUAGGGGUCUAUUUGGGAUUGGGCCAGAGGUCAAGCGCUUGUUUACCAACCUCGGAGUUAGGCAGAGAUGGCACUUAGUUCUCAGAGAAUUAUCAGUUACUUAGACAUUGCUGCCACCUAAUGGUAGAUGGUAUGACAGGCAGAAGACGCCUACAAGCAAGGCAUCCGAACGCAUGAGCGGAUGAAUACAGUAUAUCAUCUAAUUGGUGUACCUUUCUGGUAAGCUGAUCUGUAUCUGGUGUAGAAUCAUAUUUAUUCAUCCAACAGAAACAUAUUAAAGGUAAUUACAUUUACAGUUUUAGGUUGAGUUAGGCUAUAUUUUGCCUUUUGCCUUGUUCUCAUCAGUCUCUUCAAGAUGGAAACUGUCUGUGUUUUAAACAGUUUUGAGAUUUGUACAAGUUUGUUUCAGACCCUUUGAAUGGAAUAAAUGGAACAGUGCUGUUGAC